GAGUUUCCCUGCAGAAAGAGGAUCCCGAUCGAAAGUGAGCCGAAAUUUUUUUGAGAGUACCUGCGAUCUCUAUAAACUAGCAGAAUUGAAAGUUGUUGUUGGUGUCGCAAUCGAGACCACUGUUUAGCAAGGUAAUGCUCCCUUCCUUCAUGAUCCCACGUUCAUUCCUUCUUUACUGUCUGUGGGCCCAACAGACCAUUUCAUCUUUCCCGCUUCACUCUACAACCCCACAAACUAUCUCCAGCUUUCGGUCGUUCAGGCUACCUGCAUCCAGUGUCCCUGCUGCGAACGACGACGCCAACAACAGCAUGUACCAAAAUAUCAAAGGCAUCAUUUUCGACGUUGACGGCACGUUAGCCGACUCCUGGAAGCUAGGAUACGACGCAACGGUCGUUAUACUCGACAAACACAAUCUCCACCCUAUCACGGAACAAAUUUAUCACGAGCACACGGUAUACUGCACUCCGGAGCGACUCGCCCGACACGCCGGUCUCGUACCAGGCGACGAAACGUACGCCGAAGUUGGUGCCAAGCUCGGGAAGGAGUUUGACGAUUUGUACGUUGGUCUCGUGUCGUCCCAAACGGCAGGCUUUUACCCUGGCGUGGCGGAGUGUUUACAGGCCAUUCCAUCCGAUAUUGCCUUCGGGGCUCUGACGAAUGCGGCGGUGAACUACGCGCACGCUGUUUUGCAAGUCAACGAUCAAAAUAAAAAUCUCGUGAACCGUUUUGUCUCCAUUCACGGGGCCGACUCAGUGCCGGAGCCCAAACCGUCUCCCGCUGGUUUGCUUCAAGUAUGCCGAGAUCUGAAUCUGCGACCCGCAGACUGUGUUUACAUUGGUGAUAGCCCGAGUGACGGCAAAGCCGCAGAAGCGGCUGGUAUGGGAGCGAUAGCCGUCUUGUGGGGCAGCCACAAAGAAGACACCUUAAAGCAAGCGCCCUUUACACAUUACUGUCGGACGGUCCAAGAAUUGCAAGCCCUUCUGCCCAAAACCUCCGCGGCCGUGAGCUAGUGGUGCAUUCGUGGAAACACAGUCAAUGUGCCAUCGUGAUCUGCAUUUGUGCACGACCAGUGUAGAAUACCUAGAGAAUCUCCACACAUUUUUCUGUUGAUUCUCUACCCUAAACCAACUUAAUAAUGAAUAAAAUUUUUUUGAAGGAGG